AUGCCUAGCCUAAUCGCCGCCACCAUGGAAGCCCGUGCCCACGCACUCGAGGAGCUCCUCGGCCUCCGCUUCAACAAUAUAAGGCUCCUGAUCGAAGCCCUCAUUGCCCCCGGCGUUUACAGUCCGGAAGGAAACAGAGGCCACGGCCUCUUCGGGGAUACUGCCAUCCAGCUCGCCCUCCAGCGGGAAGGGCGCAAGCGCGAACAGCGCGUGGAGCGAAUCUCCACCGUCGUCUCCAAAAUUGCCAGUAACGAAAACCUGAUCCAGCGCGCCUUGGCCCUCACCGUCGACCAGUAUAUCCUCAACAACCCCUCCCAGGGAACGUUUGUCCCGCCCAAGCUUAUAGCUACAACUAUGGAGGCCAUUGUCGGCGCUUACUUCCUAGACCAGGAGCUUGAUUUUGCUGCGCUCCUGCGCGUUCUUGCCGCGCUUGGCCUGUCGUGGCCUGAUUUCGAUUCUUGA